CGCCGCAGCCACCUGGAGCCCGAGCGGCCCUACCGCUGCGACUUCCCCGGCUGUGAAAGAACAUUUAUCACAGUGAGUGCGUUAUUCUCCCAUAAUCGAGCCCACUUCAGAGAGCAAGAGCAGUUCUCCUGUUCGUUCCCUGGCUGUAACAAGCAGUAUGACAAAGCCUGCCGACUGAAAAUCCACAUGAGGAGUCACACAGGUGAAAGGCCUUUUAUCUGUGACUUUGAAGGCUGUGGCUGGUCUUUCACCAGUAUGUCCAAGCUGCUGAGACAUAAAAGGAAACAUGAAGAUGACAGGAGAUUUAUGUGCCCAGUAGAAGGCUGUGGGAAGUCCUUCACAAGAGCAGAACACUUGAAAGGCCACAGUAUAACUCACCUUGGUACAAAACCAUUUGAGUGUCCAGUAGAAGGCUGUUGUGCAAAAUUUUCAGCACGAAGUAGUCUGUAUAUUCACUCCAAAAAACAUCUUCAGGAUGUAGACUCGUUAAAGACUCGUUGCCCUGUAUCAAGCUGUAAUAAAUUGUUCACUUCCAAACACAGUAUGAAGACACACAUGGUCAAACAGCAUAACUUCAGCCCAGAUCUCCUAACUCAGCUUGAAGCAAGCAGCUCCCUCACACCCAGCAGUGAACUCAGUAGUCCAGGACAGAACGAUCUCAGCAACAUAGACCUUGUAUCCCUGUUCUCCAAUGUGUCUAGUAGCAAUUCUGGAAUUGCAACAGACAUGGCGCUAGUGAACUCUGGAAUUGUCACGAUCGAUGUUGCUUCGGUGGGCUCAACGCUCGGGGGAAACCUGCCUGUCAGUAACAAUUCUUUAAGCCAGGCAGUUGAUCCCUUGAUACUGGUGGCUAGCAGCGAUAUGCCACAGAGCCUGGACAGUUCUCUCUUGCUGGGAACCAGUGCAACAGUUCUACAGCAAAGCACUUUAAAUUUGGAUGAUGUACAGACUGUCAAUGCAGAAGCCUUGGGUUCGCUAGCAUCUCUGUCGGUGAGGAAUUCCAGUCAAGAUGUGCACAGUUUGACGUCCAGCAAUAAUUUAACAAUUGACACAGCCACUUUGACUCCUUCUAGUAGCCUCGGCGGUACCAAUGUGCCUGAGUUACUAACACCAACUAAAGUUGAAAGGAAUUUGCUUCCUAGCUCGGACGUUGUUGGUCAACAAGAGGGCAGCAAAGUAGUGACACAGUUUGUCUUCUCCAACCCUCCAGGGAGCUACAGUGCACAGAAAGAAAUGGAUCUUGGCACAGUGACUGGCAGCUCAUUUUUGGAGAGCAGUGGGUCUGCGAGAACAGACUACAGAGCCAUUCAGCUAGCCAAGAAAAGAAAGCAAAAAGGGAAUGGGAGCAGCACAGGGGCAUCUGGCUCUGGUCAGAGGAAAAGCAAGGGUGGUAAAGUAAGCCCUACCAACUUUUCAUCAUCCACUCCUGGCAGUCGACUGGGUGGCAACAUAGUUCUGCCAAACGGAGGGCUGACAAUAAGGGACCCUGCCACUGGAGCCCAGUAUGUGCAAAUUCAGCUUCUUCAGGAUGAUUCCCCAGGAGAGGGAGAUUUGCCCUUUCAGCUGAGCUCUCAGUCCUCCUCGUCACAUUCUCAGCUUACAGUGGAUUUACCUGUUCACAUACUUCAGGAACCACACAAUUCCACUGAAGAUGAUGCAGGUUCUGAUAACUCUCAGUUCACUGGAAGCACAAUAAACUUACAGGAUCUGGAAUGACCAUUAUUAAGAACAGUUACUUGAAAACAAAUUGGGCAAUCAUGUCUUGACAGAGUGAGAUAACCGUGUGGGUCUUUUUCCAAGGAAAACAUGAAAACUAGGAGUACUGGAUUACGGUUGCACUCUUCGCAAUUUGCUAAGGACAGUUGCAGCUGAAGGAUUUUCUUAAAAAAUGUAAAUCCCACUUGAUGUGCCUGUGUAAGAUACCCUGUCUGCCUGGUGGUUGGAGAGACUGAGGCAGACUGCUGUACAGUGUUGUUUCAGGGAGAAGUACUGUAUUACAAACUUCAAACUGAGGUAAUAUUUACUGUUUUCACAGGAAAGCAAGUAUUCUACAGCUAACAAGUACAAAUUUAUAAUCCUGCCUACAACAGUUAAAACUUUCCUUGUGUCGGUUUCCUGCUGGAGCCAGUGGCAUUGAGGAAUUAAGAGCUAAAAUUCGCAAGUGUUUUCCACACACAAAAAAAUAAUUGUUUCGGCCCCUGUGUUUUGGCAGAAAACUGGAAUGAAGUGUCACAUGUAACAAAAUUAAUGUCCUAUGCCAUGAAAAUGAGAUGCUCUAAAAUCUUCGUUUUAGAAAGCUAGAUUCUAACUGUUAACUUAGCUGUGAAUCAGUUUGUAGCUCAUGUUGAGUUUCUCCCUUUCCUUGCUCCUGUGUCCCAAAUACUUUGCUGAAUUCUUCCAGCAAAACUUGAAAAAGAAAACUGCAAUAGAACUGUACUCACUGUAAGUAAUUAGCUAAGAGUCCAACAGCAUCUGAGAGAGGUUCGGUCUAUCUUUGUGUUCCCUUUUUUGGGAGGAAUGUUGACUGUCGCGUAAAUUUAAGCACCUUGAUUUUAUCUCACCUAUGAACUGCUGCCAAGUUACCUGUAAACUGGCCACUACCUUUUUAUUUUGGGUUUUGUUUUUUUCUUUUUUUCAACUGAACACUGUUAACACUUCUUCUUUAUGAUACGCCAGUGUGUCACAUGCACGUGGAGCUUCCGGCUGGUUUACAGAAUAUGCAGUUGUCAGAGUAUUUUAUGAGGGGAAAAGAAUUGUUACCUAGGAAGAUUUGCCCCACUGAAAAACUGCAGUUUCUCUUGGGGGUGGGGGGAGAGGUUGUAUGUACUGUACUUAUCUGGAUUGCAGACACCUAAAUAAGUAUAGGGUUGUAUAGGGAAAAAAAACCCCUUUGGUUACAUUUUAAGGUAGUAAUUUAAAUGUUUCUUAUGGUGAUGUACUGAAUGCCUAUAAAAUUACGUAUAGGAGUUUGUUAAAAGGGUGUAUGUACUGUUUUUUAUUCUCAAUGAGGUGUGUGUGUGUAUGCACGUAUGUGGGGUUUUUUGUUUUGGUUUUUUUUUUACAAAAUAAGAUAUGUCAUGCAGGAGAACAUUGUGAUCUUUCUAAUCUUGCACAUAUUUAUUUAUUUUACAGUUAUACUGAUGUUGAAUUCACAUGAGGUCAUUCAGAAAAGCUUUUACUUCCUGUGCCUUUUGAACUAUGUAUGUGUCCAGAUAAAUGCUUUUUUUGGUUGAAGACUUGGAGAGGAAAAAAAAGCAUACAGGUUACAUUCACCUUCAGAUCCUGAUUUGUAGGCAGUAUUAUAUCCGCUGGUUGAACCAGUUUUAUUUUUCUAUCUUUAGCUUAACUGAGCAUUGAGGUCUCUCUGUUCCUCUCUUUCUGAGUUUACAGCUUAUGUCCAGGGAAUCUCUUAAACCCUCUCAGGUUGGGUUUCCAAACCAAACUAAUUGGUAGAUGAGAUCAUCUACCUGGUGGCUGUGACUGCAGCAUGGAGUCCACUCCUGAGAGGUAGAAAAGAUGGGGAGGAAUCAUGCUGAAGGGACUACUGGGUCUUGCUCUGGUGGUCACCAUGCUCUCCCUGGAAGCUGAGACACCUCGAGCUCCCAAUGCCUGCAGCAUUCUGUUCUCAAGGACCAUACCAGUUCUUAAUCUAUUAAAAUGGCCAAGGAACACUCCAUCUUUUUAUGGGACUUGCAACCAAAUCUUCCUACUUCUGAAAAUGUACCUCACUCAGCUUUGUAAGUGAAUGUAAAGUGCUAACCUCUUGGGGCCGAAAAUUGGAUCACUUGGCUUGAACUCCAUUGCUGGCAAUGGAUACCUGAAGAACUGCUGGUGCAAAAGGGUUAAUAAAGCUUUUUUUUUUAUGGUC